UGAGAGUUCUUGGUGAGCUGGGUGCGCACACACACUCACGCGCGCGCUCAUGGAGCGACGGGGGGAGAAGGGAAGGGGUGGAGAUAUUUAACUUGGGAAAGAGGGGAGUUCUCCUCCAGACGCGCUCAUUCUCCUCUGUCCCAGAUCAGGACCAGGCGAGUUUUUCGGACGUCUCUGCGGAGGAGUAUUUCUGACACAGCGGGGAUAUGAAAGCAACGCGGCUGGAGAACAUGCAGAAGACUUUCGCAGGAGCGAUUGGCGCAAACGUGUAGAGGAGCCUGAUUUUAUUCCGUACUGAUCCCGAACAUGUUCUAGACGCGUUUGAGGCUCCGAUCGUGGCGUUCUGCUGAGUCUGUGGAGAGAUAGAGCGGCUCUCGUCCCGGUUCAACAGCGCCGGUUCGGCGGGACGCACUGGAGCCUGUGCACUCAGAGAGAGAGAGAGAGAGGAGUGCGUAAAAAUAACAUUGGCUAAGACGCGCUCCAUUCCGCGGGUGCGCUGACAUUUCAAGCGCCAGUUUGGGUAUUUGACAGAAUCCGAGCAGUCUUUGGAAACGGUGCCAUCCCAUCCUACCCCGUUGCCAUGGUGACCCGUCGAAAAGUCCGAUGAGGAUACGGUUUUGCAGCGCACUUGGCACGCCUCACCUGAGCGAGUGUUCCUGAAAACAGACAGCCUAUGUCCCAUGUCAUCCCGGGCCACGCGGCCGUCUAUUAAAAGAUCUCGCUAUUUAUGCGCGGGUGUGUGAGGGCGCAGUGAGGGCCAACUCCACUCCGCAGACAGACAGAAGACGAGUCAUGGGCAGCAUCACCCGCGCUUUGCCGCUGCUGCUGCUGCUCCUGUGCGCGCAAGGCGCCGCGGCCCAGCACUACCUGCGACUGAGGCCCUCGCCCAGCGAGCAUCUGCCGGUCCCCGACCUUAAAGAGGACCCCGAUCCGGAGCACGAUCCGCGCGAGCAGGACCUCUCGGAGAAGACGCUGCGCAAGAAGAUAGGCAGCAACUUCGACCCCAGCUUCAUGUCCAUCCACCUGCCCACGCAGCUGAACGCCAGCGCGCCACCGGAGCUGCCGCGCUUGCCCAUGCCCGCAGACCUCAAGAAGCUGAACCUGACGGAGACCCCGUACGGCAGGCGCGUCAAGUUGGGCAAAAAGGCUCGGCGGAAGUUCCUGCAGUGGCUGUGGAUGUACACGCACUGUCCGGUGCUGUACACCUGGAAGGACCUGGGCGUGCGUUUCUGGCCGCGCUACAUCAAGGAGGGCAACUGCUUCAGCGAGCGCUCCUGCUCCUUCCCCGAGGGCAUGUCAUGCAAGCCGGUCAAAUCGGUGACCAAGACCCUCCUGCGGUGGUACUGCCAGGGCUUCCUGCGGCAGAAGUACUGCACGUGGAUAUCGGUGCAGUACCCCAUCAUCUCCGAGUGCAAAUGCUCCUGCUGAGCAGAGAGAGAGAGGGGGCUAACGAUUGGGAAUGAUUGCACUGUUUACCCACGGACAGAGACGUGUGGCGCCACAUAGCGAAUCUAUUUUUUUAUACAUACACACACACACACACACACACAUAUACAUACACAUACACAUACAUACAUACAUAAAUACACACACACACACACACACACACACACACACACAUAUAUAUAUAUAUAUAUAUAUAUAUAUAUAUAUAUAUAUAUAUAUAUAUAUAUAUAUAUAGCUUUUAAAUUCAAAAUAUACGACAGCAUAUGUACAUAUUUAAGUGAGAAGACGAAGAAUGCAGCUAUUUUUUUUUUGUUGUCGUCAAAGGAUCAGGACCAUGUUCUCACGAGGAGCACUUCGGCUCGUGGUUAUUUUUAUGAAAUUAUUGCCAAGACGCAAGAGAGAGAAGUUACCUUUCCUCAUUCGAACUCUAUUUAUAGAGACUGAAGAACACUAUGCCUAGAGGUUUUGUACAAAUAUUAAUAUCAAUAAUGAUGAUGAUGAUUUAAAAAAAAAGGCUGGGCUGAAAUUUAUACACGUGAACUCAGCUUUUUUUUCUUUUGAAAAUUAUAUAGUAUUUUAGUAAUAAAAAAGCAUAUGUUUUAUUUAUUGUUUUAACGGUUGUGAGUAUAGAUAAAGAGAAGAGAAUAGAAUAUAGCAGAAAUUCUACUUGAAAAGUUCUAAAAAUGAAUUUAAGAAAAUAUUAAUAAUAAUAAUAAUAAACAUGUCCGUGUAAAUGCCAUGGUUUUAGCAAUAAAAUCUGUUAAACUUGGACCGAAAGAUCCGAGGAAUAUGUCA